AAAAUGCAAGAUUUUUUAUAUUUUUGAGAAAUGGUAUCUUUAACAUACCUUGGAAUACAUUUAGGAUUUCAUUCUUCAGAAGCCCUAGAGACAUCUAAGGAUAAUAAAUGCAAAAAAUAUCAUAAUAUACGAAGUAUUCAAUCUAAAAAUCGAUAUUUUACAGUAGAUGAUUUCAUUAAGAAAAUUGCAUCAAAAAAAGGAUUACAGGAUAAACGUGUUUUUAUAAAAGAAAAAAAGGAUAGCAUAUCUUCUUUAAAACUUAAUGAAGUUUCUGGGAAAAAUAGGAAAAAAAUUAUUUCAAAUAAACAGAAAAUAAAUUUACAAAAAAAAAAAAAAAAGUCAUCCAAAAAAAAAGAACAUCAUUCUUCCAAUCAUCUUAAAGAACUAUCAUUAUUCUCUGAGGAGUCAAAUGAUGAAUCUAUUGAGAUGCAGCCGGAUCCAAUUAUCGCUUCUCCAUCAUUUACGAAAUCUGAAGUUGAUAAACGAACUUAUUUGCCAAUUAGCGCACAUGCAAAAAGGAUUAUUAUGCCAGAAGAAUAUUCUUUGGGGCAGAUUUUAAAAACUAGAAAGAAGAAAAAAAUGUUAAAAAUUCCUGAUGAUAAUUCUGUUUUUGACGGAUUUGAAGAUAAUGAUAAUAGCUUUAAUAGUUUUCAGACAUAUGGAAAACUUUUAUUUAAAUCAUCUGACGAAAUUUCUUAUGAUAUAAAGAAAGCAAAUUGUAAUGGAAUGCAAGAAUCGUAUGAUUCAGAAAUCAUUCAUGUUCAUGAGGAGUCUGAAAAACAGAAAUUAUCACAUUUUAUACCUAAAAAAUUGGAUUUAUAUAAUUUCGAAAAUUCUUUUCAUUUACAAAACUAUAAUUAUUAUCCAUUCAAUCAUUCAGAAUUAAUGUUAAAAAUGGACACUUUCAUUUUGAAUCAUCAAGAAGUUAAUAAAAAUAUCUUAUCUAAUAAUGACUGCAGAGGAUUAUUUAGUUCUCUGAACAUCCCUCUGGGUAAUUCUGAUUCUAAAAAUCUUUUAAAAGCAGCAAAAAAUCUGAAAAAUUCAUCUUUAAACAGAUAUUUAUUAAAACACAGUGCAUUUGAUAAAAAUAGCUUAGUUCCUGAUAAAGCUUAUAAUAUUAAUGAUAUAAUGGUAGGAAAUACAGAAGAACAUUUCUAUUCUAGUAUGUUUGCUAAAUCAUGCCCAGUAUCUAAUAAUUAUAUAGAUGACAUUUCUGAUAUGAAAAAAGAAUUGUUCUUGAGUAAUACUAAAAAGAUAAAAAAGCUAGAUACUAUUAAAAAAUAUGAUAAUUCCAUUAAUUCUAUAGAUUUAUAUUCUGAUUAUAAAAAAAUUGACAUUUGUGAAUCAUUUAAUACUGAUACAGACCUAUUUAGAUCUCUUAAUAAGAAAAAGCUGAGCUUUUUUAAAUCGAAAAAUUACGAGAUUUAUGUCAAUGAAACUAAUUGUUAUGAUGAUAGUCUAGUUACUUCAGAAAAAUGCCAUUUAUUUGAAUCAUCUUCAAGAAAUUCUAAGCUUUUAACAUCAAAUGAUAUGGCUAAUAAUGAAUAUAAACCAAACAUUACAUUAAUUGAUAAAUAUACACAGGCAGAUAAAAAAGAUAUGCUUUCAAAAAGUGAAUCUUCUGAAUCUAUGGAUUCUAUAAGUAUAACUGAUAAGCCUUUAUCGUCUUUCCAAUCGUCAUUUAAUUGCAAUAAUGUUGAAAAUUAUAGUAAAAAAUAUUUUUCUAAAGAUUCAAAAAAAACUUUUUCAAAUAAGGAUUUUCAAAAUUAUAAAAAAAAAAAUCAGAGUUCUAUGAAAAAUCUUUCUAUUAUAAAUGAAUCAUUCAUACGUUCUAAACAACAUAGUAAACGUUCUAAUACAACAUUUGAACUUUCAUCAGUACCUAAAAAUAGCUUAUUCAAUUUUAUUCGUCAAAAGACGGCAAAUAUAUCUGAUUAUAACCAUUCUUUUACUGAUUCUAGCUUUAUAUCCAAAUCUAUUAUUUCGAAAUCACAAUUAUUGAAUAAGUCGUUUUUUAGAGAUAAAGUAACAGAAAAUAACUCUCAAAACAUUAAUGAUUCAUCCAAUAAAUAUGCGUUACUAGUAAAUAAUAAUUAUGAAGUAUCUAGAAACUCAUUUUUAGAAAUCCGAGAAGCAUGGUAAGUGAAAAUUAAAUUUGUUCAUGGUUAUAUUUUCUUAAAAAUAUUUAUCCUAUUUUAUUUGGUAAUAGACUAUGAUAAUGGACC